AUGCCAUGGGGCAGCAGAAGUAUAGGGGUUCUGAACUGGAAACUUUUCUAUGGAGCCUACAUUGGCAGUGAGACACGAAACAUGGAAUUCAAGAGAGGUGGAGGUGAGUACAUUCAUUCUAGGUUCCAGUUGCAUUACCUUCGUAGACAUUCCUGUGCCUUCCUGAAUAGCAGCAGUGGAACUCUGCUCAUAGGAGUGGCUGAUAAUGGCAUUGUACAAGGCAUAAGCUGCAAUCCUAGGCAGGAGGACCAACUUCGACUGCUUAUUGGCUCCAGCUUGAAGUUAUUCCAUCCUCAAUUUCUUCCUCAUAGCUACAGCUUGACAUUUGUGCCAAUGGUGAAACCAGGUCCUAAAUGGAACAAUUUGAAGGUGCUGUGUCUCACACUGUGAUCCCCCUCUAGCCUGUCUUUGCCUGUCCUGUACCAAACUGACCAAGGAAAAGUCUUUCUUAGGAGGGACGGAACUGUGGAGGGCCCAGUUAGUGCCAGUGUUAUACAAGAAUGGGUGAGACAGAUGGAAAACAACCUGCUGGAGGAAACCGCUGGAGCUGAUCUGACUUCAGGAGCAGGGCAGUCCAUUAAUGGAUCAUCAUCUCUUCAGUCAGAAGCCAUUAACUCGUUGGAGUAA